CUUUUUGAGGGAGAAAAUAGGCCGAACGAAAUGGUGGAAGGCAGCGAACAAGCGCGGAGAGCAGGCAGAGGUUGCAUCAUCUCCGUCAUCUAAACCCUAAUUCUUGUUGGGGUUCUUCUUCUUCUUCAGCCAGUAAACUGACGGCGAUCUGGUUCAAGGGGAUCAGAAAGGGGAAUAAUCAUUUCUUCUCAGAUCUGCGUUCUGCCUCCUUCGAAACGGUUUAGGGUUUGAAGGUAUCGAGACGGUGUUUUUUUGGUCUGAUGGCUUCCAACAGCAACAACCAACAGCGGACCAUGGGUGGGCCGCCGUCCCUCGCCCACGCUGGAAUGGGCUCGCCGGCGUCGGCCAACCAGCCUCCCCAUCUCCGUCCCCCGCUUCCCCCGGGCUCGUCCCCCUUCCAGAAUCUUUUCCACUCCCAAACGCAGGCCCAAGUCCAGCCGCAUGUCCACUCUCCCUUUCAGAUCCAGAUGGGUUCCCAGGUUCAGCUUGGUCAUCUUGGCACCUCCUCCCCCUCCUUCUCCACCCCCGGUAUGUCUGGAGGCGUCAAACGACCAUCCCUUCAGAAGCCCCCAGCUCCCAUUCCUAUGUCUGCUAUCCCAGGCAUCAAGGCCGUUGAUAUAACUGCUGCUGCCAGGAGGAAGAAGCAAAAGCUUCCGGAGAAGCAUCUGCCUGAUCGAGUCGCAGCUCUCUUGCCUGAGUCGGCCCUCUACACUCAAUUGCUGGAGUUUGAAUCCCGAGUUGAUGCAGCCCUGUCUAGGAAGAAGAUCGACAUCCAGGAAGCUCUAAAAAGCUCACCUUCCGUGCAAAGGACCCUUAGGAUUUAUGUCUUUAAUACCUUCGCAGACCAGACACGGUCAAUCCCUGAGCCCAAGAAUACAGAGCCUCCAUCAUGGUCACUGAAGAUAGUUGGAAGGAUCUUGGAAGAUGGGGUUGACCCUGAUCCUGUUGGUGGAUUGUCUAAGCCAAACCCCAUGCUUCCCAAAUUCUCUUCAUUCUUUAAGAGGGUAACAAUUGCGCUGGACCCAUCACUCUACCCAGAGAACCCAACAAUUGUGUGGGAGCAGUCUCGCUCACCAGCAAUGCAUGAGGGCUUUGAGAUCAAGCGGAGGGGGGAUAAGGAGUUCACUGCUAGUAUUAGGCUUGAGAUGAAUUACAAUCCUGAGAAGUUCAGAUUGUCACCAAUGCUUAUGGAGGUGCUUGGAAUUGAGGUUGAUACACGAGCUAGAAUUAUAGCUGGGAUAUGGCAAUAUGUGAAAGCAAAGAAGUUGCAGAACCCUACUGAUCCUUCCUAUUUUGUUUGUGAUCCACCUUUGAAGAAAGUGUUUGGAGAAGACAGGAUAAAAUUUGCCACAGUUUCGCAGAAGAUUUCACCACACUUGUCUCCCCCACAACCCAUACACUUGGAACAUAGGAUCAGGCUUUCAGGAAAUGGGGCAGUAGGCAAUGCUUGCUAUGAUGUUCUUGUUGAUGUUCCAUUUCCAUUGCAGAAGGAAAUGGCAUCCUUCCUUGCCAACGCUGAGAAACACCGAGAUAUUGAGGCUUGUGAUGAAGUGAUAUGUGCCUCAAUUAAGAAGAUUCAUGAGCAUCGAAGGAGAAGAGCUUUCUUUCUUGGAUUCAGUCAGUCCCCUGUGGAGUUCAUUAAUGCUUUGAUUGCUUCUCAGAGUAGGGAUUUGAAACUAGUUGCUGGUGAAUCAAGCCGCAACAGUGAGAGGGAACGGCGUUCUGACUUCUAUAACCAACCAUGGGUGGAGGAUGCUGUUAUACGCUAUUUGAACCAUAAACCUGCAGCUGGUAAUGAUAAUCCAGGUAGCAUAUGAAAGAAGACUGACGAUCAAAGUAUUCUCUGCAAAUUCUGGAUAUGAAUUGGCCUGUAGUUUGUAGGAUUUCUAUAUGUUCUUCUUUGGAAAAACCAGAUAAGCAAAAAAAUGCUUUUAAAUGAUCAUGCUAGUUGUUUAGUGUAGAUCACUUGAGUUAUGCUUAGUUGAUUGGCUAUGUAGUUUAACAUGUGUAUGUUUGCUUAUGACAUCAAUAUGGUUGCCAUAUCCUGCAUAGCUUUUA